CUGGAGGGCUUGCCUGGGGAGGUGGCAUCUGAGCGCGGACCACAGGUUGGAACUGGAAAUGACACCGCAGAGCAUCUUAGGCAGAUGCCCGAGGUGCGCAGAAUGGGAAGGCAGAGCUGCAGCGUGCUGGGCUGUGGGGCUGUGCGCUCCGGGUGGGCGCCCAGGUCUGAGUACCUAAGGCCUUUCAAGUCCCAGCAGGGAUUUCCCAUUCUGUAUCUGGACUGGUCUCUCCUCUUCCUUAAGGGAAAAGCUGGAGGGCAGCUGGAGGAAGGCUCAGGCAGGCCUCUGGAUUCCUCAUCCCAGUUUUAGACUCAAAGGAACGCCUCCUCUAACACCCAUCACUGCAGGCUCACUUACUCAUAUUUUAUUCUAGUCCUUGGAACCCCACGAAAGAGUCAUUUUUGUAAAUCAGACUUUUGCACUAGCCCAGAUCCCUUUUGUGGCUUCGGGACGGGUCAGAAGGAGUGUGGGGUGAAGCUCGGAAGAUGUGGGGUCUCUGGCUGGCUUGCUCUGGGCCCCACGUGGGCUGCCUGUGCUGGCGUUUCUGCCUGUGGCCCCUAGAAUCCAUCACCGGGCAGCGCGACCGCAGCGCCCCUCGACCAACCGGGCAAACUCGAGCGUAUGUCCACCCGAGCUCUCAGGAGCAAGGCUGGGCCAGCUCCAGGCCCACAACUUCCAAUACCUGACCGGGUGGAGCCCGAACUUGCCUUUCUAACAGGUUCCCAGGUGUGGCAGGUCAGGAACGCACGUAGAGACCCACCGCACCAGAGCCGCUGCCCGGAAGGAGAUCCUGGGUUCCAGGGCGGCGAGGCUGACACCGCUCACUCCUGGUGCUCCGACCUCUGUCCUCCCGUCGGUCCUCCCACCGAGGCUGCCAGGAGGAAGAUGAAGGCUCGCGCUCCCCCGCCUCCUGGGAAGCCUGCCACCCCCAACUUGCACAGCGGACAGAGAUCUCCUCGCAGAGCAUCCCCCGGGCCCCCACAGAACCAGCUCAGCAGGAAGCACUCGCUGGACGGCGGGGUGGUGGCCAUGACCGUCGUGCUGCCCAGCGGGCUGGAGAAGAGAAGUGUGGUCAACGGGAGCCAUGCAAUGAUGGAUCUACUGGUUGAACUUUGCCUUCAGAACCACCUGAAUCCUUCCAACCAUGCCCUGGAGAUCCGGUCUUCAGAAACCCAACAGCCUUUGAAUUUUAAGCCAAAUACUUUAGUUGGGACCUUGAAUGUGCACACCGUAUUUCUGAAAGAAAAAGUUCCUGAAGCGAAGGUUAAGCCUGUUCCCCCUAAGGUGCCUGAGAAAACGGUGCGUCUAGUGGUGAAUUACCUGCGCACGCAGAAGGCGGUGGUGCGCGUGAGCCCCGACGUGCCCCUGCAGAGCCUCCUCCCGGUCAUCUGCGCCAAGUGUGAGGUCAGCCCAGAGCACGUGGUGCUCCUCAGGGACAGCGUGGCCGGUGAGGAACUGGAGCUCUCCAAGUCCCUGAGCGAGCUGGGGAUACAGGAGCUGUACGCCUGGGACAACAAGCGAGAAACCUUUAGAAAAUCUUCACUCAGCAACGAUGAGACAGACAAAGAGAAGAAAAAAUUUCUGGGAUUUUUCAAAGUUAAUAAAAGAAGCAAUAGUAAGGCCGAGCAGUUCGGGCAGCCUGGGGUGGACAGCCAUGAGGAUGCCUCCACGUCCACACUGGGGAGGAGUUCAAAUGGCUGCUUGACGACCCCGAACUCCCCGUGUGUGAAUCCACGUUCUGUUAUCCUGGGUCCAUCCCUCUCUCUUGGCAACAUCUCAGGGGUGUCGGUCAAGUCGGACCUGAAGAAGCGCCGGGCACCCCCUCCUCCAACACUGCCCCGCACAGGGCCACCUGUGCAAGACAAGACAUCAGAAAAGAUGUCUCUGGGGUCGCAGAUGGACUUACAGAAGAAGAAGAGGCGGGCGCCAGCUCCCCCUCCACCGCAGCCCCCACCACCCAGCCCGCUGGUGCCGCCCCGCACGGAGGGCAAGGAGGAGGGCAGAAAGGGCAGGACGGUGAGCCUGUCCACGGGGCCCGGCGAUCCCUGCAGCAUGGACGACGCCCCCCCAGUGCCCCCGGAGGCCGAGGAGACCGUGUCUCUCGGCAGCUGCUUCGCCUCGGAGGACACCACAGAGGACUCAGGGGUGAUGAGCUCCCCCUCGGACAUCGUGUCCCUGGAUUCCCAGCAUGACAGCACGAAAUCCAAGGACAAGUGGGGCACAGACCAGGAGGACUGCAGUGACCAGGAGCUGGCUGGGACUCCAGAGCCAGGCCCCCCGAAGAGCCCCGUGUGGGGCAGGAGCAGCUCCGAGAAGCGGCGUCUGAGAAACGGAAAAGCUGCUCCAGCCUCACAUGAGGAUGAGGAAAUAUUCAUGACUGGACAGUUCCAGAAAACCCUUGCAGAGCUGGACGAAGACCUGGAAGAAAUGGAAGAAAGCUACGAAGCUGACACAAGCUCGCUCGGCAACUCUGUACACGGCAUGUCCAUCCCCCAUGGUGACUCUGAGGCAAUCCCGGUGACGUUCAUAGGGGAAGUUCUCGAUGACCCCGUGGACUCAGGCGUGUUUUCCAAUAGAAACAACAAUGCUGGCUCCUUCGACUUGGGGAGCACGGCCGACAGUAAGGCUCAGCCACCACCCUGCCAGGCCGAGUGCCCCCAGCAGCACAGGCAGAGGUGGGCAGCAGGGCCCAGCUCACCACCUCCUUCCCAGGAGCCUGAGAGAGAAGGCUCAGCCUUGACCAACACCUGGAAGGAGGUGGAUCCCAGUAAGAUGGAGCCCAAGGCGAGUUCUGCUUCAGCGCUUCACACUCACCACUUGAAUGGGAAGGAGGAAGGCAGGGUGCCUGGCCCUGCUCACAGCGGGAAGACCCCAGCCCCCGGGAGGGUGAUCCCGCAGCUGGGGAAGGAAAAGGCAAGUGAUGGUAAAAGUAAUAUCUCAACACUACCGCCAUGGCAUCAACGAGGCCAACUCCCAGCGGGGAGUUAUGGCCUUAAAUAUGGACUCACAACUUAUAAAAUUGUCCCUCCGAAGUCAGAGAUGAAAUGCUACGACCGGGGGGCAUCCCUCUCCAUGGGUGCCAUUAAGAUUGAUGAACUGGGGAACCUGGUGAGCCCCCACGCGCAUGCCGGCAGGACUGUAGUUCCCUCAUCGCCCACUCUGGAGGCAGAAACCCCACCCAUUGGAAAAGUCAAAGAAUUCUGGAGAUCCAAUUCUAUAGAGAAGCACUCUGGCCGGCCCACGGAGGGGCCCAGGAGGACCCCCACCCCCACCACCCCCACAAAUCCGCAACCUCAGGAAAGCAGACUGAGAGGCGGGCCCACCUCCCCAGACCCCCAGGUAACAUUGCCCGGGCCCCAGUCCCCCCGCUCAGAAGACGGGAGAGCUCUGGGGGAGGGGAGAAGCCGGCCACCCCCGGCAGCUGCUCGUCCCCUCCAAGUGCCAGCAGGUAGCACCGCGGAAGUCCCAUUUCUCAAACCUCAGAGGAGAACGUCCAGUCAGUACAUGGCCUCUGCUAUUGCCAAGCGGAUAGGGGCCCCGAAAGCCCACAGUGACUUGGGGAGGGGACAGGAUAACCCCCAGAGGACAUGUGAAGGCACAGCACCAGAGCCGGCGAUAGCGCCUCCUGUGGUGAAGGACGGUACCACCCCCAGCCCAAACCCAGGCACGGGCAUUCGUCGUGAGGGGCAGGAAUCCACGGCAGGACCCCCUCCUGGAUGGCAGGUCAGCAGUCCUUACGGGAAGCUGUCUGCUCAAGACUACCCUCCUGGCAUCCACGGAAAUCCCCGGGGGUCACUAGUCAGAGCUGCCCAAAGGGACCAGGCUCCUGUGGGGCAGAGCUGUGGUCUCAGUGGGGAGCGGAGCACAAGGACCCACAGCACCGACUCUGCAUCCGACCCCCAGUGCAAGUCUGACGGCUUGAGCCCCUCACACCCUCGCUCAGGAGGUGAUCAGACUUCCGGCAGCACCCUGGUGAACGGCUCCCGGUGGGCCCCCACCCACAGCGAGCCUCCUUGCUCUCCAAGAGUGUCAGAUACAAACGGCCGGGCUGGACAGGAGCCUCCACCACGGGAGGAAAAGCCCAGUUUGUUAAGCACAGGUGUACUUGAAGCUGAUGGUACUCUGCCAGCCAGCAUCUUCGGGCCAAAGAAGAAAUUCAGGCCUGUGGUCCAGAGGCCAGCUCCGAAAGACACAUCCCUGCACAGCGCCUUGAUGGAGGCCAUCCACUCGGCGGGAGGCAAGGACAGGCUCCGCAAGACUCCAGAACCCAGCUCAAAGGGAGGGCCAAAGAAACCGUCCUACACUGAGGCGGACUGUGAGCGUUCAGCCCUCCUGGCGGCCAUACGCGGCCACAGCGGGACCUGCAGCCUGAGGAAGGUCACGUCCUCUGCCUCUGAGGAGCUCCAGAGCCUCCGCGAUGCCGCGCUGUCUGCACAGGGGCCGGACUCCUCGCGGGUGGCAGACCUUGGGGUCCAGUCCCAGCUGCCGCCGCCCCCACCCGCUCCGGCUGCCCCGGCGCCCACCUCAUCCUGGUCAGCAUCGAGGUCUAGCGCGGGGCCGGUCAGCAAGCCGGUGGACGCCAGACAGGCCUUGAUGGAUGCCAUCCGCUCCGGCACCGGAGCCGCAAGGCUGAGGAAGAACUACCAUAUGAUUCAGCAUCCCCACUCCUGAGCAUGUAUCUGGAAAAGACAAAAACUCUAAUUCAAAAAGAUAUGUGCACCCAAAUGUUCAGAGCAGCACUAUUUACAAUUACCAAGACUUGGAAGCAACUUAAGAUCAACAGAUGGAUGGAUAAAGAAAAUGUGGUACAUAUAACACUGGAAUACUACUCAGCUAUAGAAAAGAAUGAAACAAUGCCAACUGCACAACAUGAAUGGGAUCUUCACUUAUCAUACUAAGUAAUUCAGAUAAAGAAAGACAAAUAUUGUAUGGAUAUCACAUAUGCCAAAUCUAAAAAAAAAAAAAAAGGACACAAGUGAACUUAUUUACAAAACAUAAACAGAUACACAGACAUAGAAAACAAACAUGGUUCCAAAGGGGAAAGUGGGGGCUGGGAGUUUGAGACCCACGUAUACACACUGCUGUGUGUAAAAUAGGCGAUCAACAAGGGCUCAGUGCAGAGCACACGGAGCGGAGCAUAGAGUCAAAAACAAUCCGAGAAAGCAGCCGUGGUGGGAGGCCCUGCUGACUCAGCGGUAAAGAGUCCACCCACAAUGCAGGAGAUGCGGGUUCGAUCCCUGGGUCGGGAAGAUGCCCUGGAGGACGGCAUGGCAGCACACUCCAGUGUUCUUGCCUGGAGAAUCCCACGGACACAGGAGCCUGGCGGGCUACAGUCCACGGGUCUCAAAGAGUUGGAUACGACUGAAGUACCUGAGAAAGCACUCACACACUCACACACACUCACACUUACACUCACACACUCACACGCAUGCUCACACACUCACACACACACACACACGCUCGUAUACACUCACACUCACACACUCACACUCUUAGACACACACACGCUCACACUCACACACAUACACACACUCACACGCUCACACACACACACUCACACACGCUCACACACACACUUACACACACACUCACACACUCACACUCAUGCACGCUUACACACUCGCACACUCACACACACACACACACAUGCUCGUAUACACACACACACUCUUAGACACACACACGCUCACACACACAUACACACACACAGAAACACACACACUCACACACAUUCACACUCACACACACACACGCUCACACACACACACACUCUUACACACAUUCACACACGCUCACACUUACACACUCUCACACUCACACACUCUUACACACACAUUCACACUCACACAUACAUGCUCACACACACACUCACACUCUCACACACUCACACACACACACACUCACACACACACAUUCCUGAGUCGCUUUGUCGCACACCUGAAGCUAACACAAUACUGUAAAUCAGCUACAGUUCAAAGAAAGAAACUGCCAGCGGUUCCCAGAAAAUCCAAAGCAACACAGCCAGUUAUCAACCUUGAUGGUUCAGCUGGUCCCUGGGAACAAGUUUGAGUUUAUAAAAACAUUGUUUUCAGAGUGAGAUCCACAAGACAUCUGCAUCCUGUGGUUGUAGAUUUUUCAGAGGUUUGAGCCUACAAAUCUGCAAUUUUACCAAAUCACUUUCCAUUGAGGUUUGAGAUCGUUAUCUGUAUCAUUUGAGCUUUUGAUACAGUUUGAAUAAUGCUGAAUAUGAAGGCUGUACUCAUUUCUCCUAUACUCAUAUUCUCAUUGACUGACUUUGGAUGGUUUCAGAUAGUUACUCCUCUCCCCCCAUCUGGCAGGAGUCCUAAGAAAUAGGACCGAGAGAAAUCUUGCCACCCAUGCCACCUUGAGCCUCAGGCUUUCUGUCUCUUAGAGUGUGCACAAGGGCCUUCCAGAAAGGAAGGAAAAAAAAAAAAAAGCAGAGGAAGCUAUU